UUGAAACCUCAGCGGGGCUGAGCCCGAGCGAGCCGCCCGGCCCGGGGCCCGCAGUGGCGCUGGGAUCCUGGCCGGAGAGCCUCCGUCCUGCCUCUGCCCCGGCGGCUGCCAUCGGACUGCGGGAGCAGCGCGGGGGCUCUGGGGCUGCGCUCCCGCUUGUCCCGAGCACAUCAGCUGAACCUAGGCUCUUUUUCUCACUGUGAAAUGGAGACACUCAGUACAUUCUGAGGCAACGCGCUAGAGGCGCACUGCCGUGUAGCCCUUGCUGAGCACCAUGAGCUUGCUGCACAGUGACAGCAGCUGUGCAGCUGGGGACAGCGGCUGCUGUGCAGCCAUGGCCAGCGCCUGCAGCGCCGCAGCCAAGGAGGAGAGCUCCAGCGUCGGCAGCGGCAACCAGCCCGGCUCGUUCACGGAGGAAACGCAGGGAUACGACGUGGAGUUCGAUCCGCCCCUGGAAAGUAAAUACGAGUGUCCCAUCUGUUUGAUGGCUCUCCGGGAGGCGGUGCAGACACCGUGCGGCCACCGUUUCUGCAAAGGCUGCAUUGUCAAAUCAAUAAGAGAUGCAGGUCACAAAUGUCCUGUAGACAACGAAAUUCUGCUUGAAAAUCAACUUUUUCCUGACAACUUUGCUAAACGAGAAAUCCUUUCAUUAAUGGUCAAGUGCCCCAACAAGGGCUGCAGCAUGAAGAUGGAGCUCAGGCACUUAGAGGACCACCAGCUGCAGUGUGACUUUUCCACUGUGGAAUGCCCACAGUGCCAAGGAACCUUCCCCAAAAACCAUCUGAAGGAGCACAUGACCCAAGAGUGUCCGAGGCGUCAAGUGUGUUGCCCAAACUGUGCCACAUCUAUGGCCUACGAAGAUAAAGAGCUUCAUGACCAAACAUGCCCACUUGCCAAUGUAUAUUGCGAAUAUUGCAACACAGUGCUCAUCAGAGAGCAGAUGCCUAACCAUUAUGACAACGAUUGUCCUACUGCCCCAGUGCCAUGUUUUUACAGUGCCUUCGGGUGUCCUGAAAAGAUGCAAAGGAAUGAACUGGCACGACAUAUGCAGGAGUUCACUCAGGUUCACAUGAGGAUGAUGGCUCAGAGUUUUCAGAAUAUCAGUGUUACUGCUGCAAAUCCUGUACCCUUCAUCAAUGGCCUACCCUUUGAGCCUGCCCUCUUCUCACACGUGUCACAUGCCGCAUAUGACUGCAAUCCAGAAGUUGAAAACUUCAAAGAAACUAUUCAGCAGUUGGAAGGUCGUCUGGUAAGACAAGAUCACCAAAUCAGGGAACUCAUUGCUAAAAUGGAGACUCAGAACACUCACGUGGCAGAACUCAAACGUACUAUCCGAAAUUUGGAGGGAAAGAUUACUGAAAUGGAGGCACAGCAAUGUAAUGGUAUUUAUAUCUGGAAGAUUGAGAACUUCAGUGGACUGCAGAAAGCCCAGGAAGAAGAGAGACCUGUAGUGAUGCACAGUCCUGGCUUCUAUACAGGGAAGCCUGGCUACAAGCUGUGCUUGCGCCUGCAUAUCCAGUUACCAAACGCUCAGCGCUGCGCUAAUUUUAUCUCUCUGUUUGUCCACACUAUGCAAGGGGAAUAUGACAGCCACCUGCCCUGGCCGUUCCAAGGCACCAUACGACUUUCUAUUUUGGAUCAAUCAGAAGGCCCAGAAAGGCAGAACCAUGAAGAGGUGAUGGAAGCCAAGCCAGAGCUACUGGCCUUCCAGAGACCGACAAUUCACCGCAAUCCUAAAGGUUUUGGUUAUGUGACUUUCAUGCACCUGCAGAACUUGAAACAGAGAACCUUCAUCAAGGAUGACACGCUCCUGGUGCGCUGCGAGGUUCUAACGCGCCUGGACUUGAACAGUGUCCGCAGAGAAGGGUUCCAGGCCCGCAGUACUGAUGGAGCCAUGUAGCCGGCAAGUCUUAACCAGGGCAAUGGAGCCUUACUCAUGUUUUUCCACACAGAUCACACAAGUGCUUCAUUGUCCACAAAGGCUGCAUUUGUAAAAGAUCAUAGUUGCCAACACAGUUGAUCUUCAUGUGAGUGGGACUUUGUUGUUGCUGGCGUAUUUUUUUUCUAUAUGAGGUCAUAUGUUUAAAUAUUUGGUAAGGUUCUCUCUUAAAAUAAUAAGCUACUUCUGUAGCAAGCUAACUAAAAGAAGUGUUAAUCAAAACUUCGCUGCCUACAGGAAAAUCCUAUUGCAGAACCUGUGCAUCUCAGAUCGCUAAAACUUCAGUUGUAUCGAAUAGACCUGUAAGUCUUUUCACCUCACUGCCUUGGAAUAGAUGCUGUUGCAAGGAAGGAGCAAAAUUAAUAAAAAUGAGGGAUUUUUUUCAUUUAUUUUUUCACAGAGCUUGGGAAAGCUGAAAGAUUUUCUAUAUUGACUUAUCUAGAAUUUUGCAUUGGCUAUGUGUCUCUUGAAGUUUGAAGUUAGGGUUAAGACUUUGUUCAUGUCUCCAAGGGUUCAGGUAUGCUUUGACCCUUUCCUCCUUCAGGAAGUUGCAUGUUGAUGUAGAGUUGAUGCAGAGUUGAUGUUGGUAUUUUCAAAAGAUAUAAGGUAGUGUUGUGGAGAAGGCUAAAUGACUCUGAGCUGAGUUCACUGAAGAAAUACUUGAAAUGUGGUCUGAAGGUGCCUCCCUAAUUCUCUUUAUCAAAUCUUUCUCUAAGAGUGUGGUCUAGGCCCAGAAUGUCAGCCACAAUCAGCAAGAGAUACAGAAGUUUAGCAUUUGAAUGAAAUCCCUUUGUGCUGGUGGGAUCUCCUAGUGCUGGACAUGUUUCAGGUUAAGAGUGCACACAUGAGCAAAAGGAUAUACUAAACAGAGAGGGUGAUGCAGAAUUUGUUUUACUGCUGUUGAAACCCGAAUUUGUACCAAAUCUGAACUUGCGACCUGCAUCUCUUCAGGUGAUCUCUUGGUGUUGUGGGUGAGGUACCCAAGUCAUCCCCUGUGAAUUCUCUGUGGGCAGCUGGCCAUAUCAGCAUCCAACUGCUGUGGGUAUUUCCUGUCCCUUUAGACAAUAGGAGCUGGGCCAGCUCAGCAGUUUGGAUGGUAAGGAAAGCCUAUUAAUUCAGCAGCAUGAGGUAAAAUUGUAAUCCUAUUUGCAUUUAGGAAGAAAAUCUGGCUUCCAUAAUUACUCAUUUAUCAAACACUAGAUUCACUGUGUCAAAGAUUCAUGAGGUUCUUAAUGCUGUGUGUAUUAUUGUUUUCUGUACUGACUGAUUGUAUGCCAUGUAAAUAUUAGUUUUGACCAGUCCAAGCUGAAUGGUUCAAGUUCACUGGUGCUAAAAAUUUUAACUUUCAUGGUGCUGAUAAAAUUCUGAAUCUCAUCCUUAAAAGGAGGGAAGAAAAAAGUUUUGUUCACCCCAUAACCUAAGUACAAGUUCAGAUACUGAAGAAAAAACUAAACAAUGCGUGAGCUUCUGUGUCUUCUUUAUCCAAGCUCGUGAAACAACCUAAAGACUGGAGACAGUGCAGCUUAAGAGAUACUGAAGAGUGUUCCAACUGUUUGGCCUCAUCAAAGCAAUACCAGUGGGGAAAGGGCACGUUGCUUAAUAUAAACAAGACUAAAGAAAGUCUACUGUAUUUUAGUGGUUUGGGAAGAUACUCUGCCUGCCUGCAUGAGAGGUGAAAGUUCCAGGACGCAGCUUACCACUUUGUUCAUCGUAUCCAGAUGAGUAAAAUUUCUUCUGCCAGUAGAAUCUAUUAGAUGGAAGAGGGAUUGUGCUCAGUGGAGUAUUGUCACUACUGAAAUAUGAACUUCCUGGCUAAUGGUAAAUGCAGUUAGUUGUUGAUGACUUCAGUGUAUUCUCUGUCACUAGGGGACAGGUGAGCAUAUGUUACUCAAAAUAGGGAAAAAUCUCAACUUUAAAACCAAAGUAGAUUUUAUAAUGAAUAUCCUCAUCCUAUCAACUGAAUUGUUCUGGAGUGUCUUCAGCUGGAGUAUUUCCAGUAAAGCCAUUCUUACUCAAGAGCUGUCAAUGCUCAUGGCAGUGCACAGAGCCACUCUGCACAGAAGGCACUGUACACGAGUUCUCCAUUUUUAGGCUGUUAUCUAUCCAUGUUUUUUCAAGAUACUCAAAAACUGCCAUUCUCUUUUGCUCCUCUUCGAUUUUGGGGGGCAGGAGGGGGAGGCAGUUCCAAAAAACACUUGUCAUAUGAGAGCUUCUUCCUGCUCCAGGUCCUUCCUCAACCCUAGCAAUAAGAAAAAUGUCCUUAUUCUCUGUUCAAAUAAUUUAUACCCAAGAGCCAAUAAAUGCAUUAACACUUUUUUUUUUGCUUUUGAAGAUUUGCAUUCUGAAUGAAAUUUUUGCUUUGAGCCUUAUCUGCUAGAUCUGAUGUACUUUUGCCUCUGAGGAGGAAACUCCCUGUGGUGGCAGGGUUUAAACGAUUCAGGUUAAAAUUGUACAAUAGCACAAGCCAAUAGGGAAUAGAAGGCUACUGCAUGUAUAAUUCUGUAUUGGUCACAGUAAUAUGGAUGCUUUAUUCACUGCUGCUAUUCUAUUGGUUUUGUAUUUUUAUAUUACCAACUAGAACUCUGAGUGAUGUCAAAUUACUGUAACGUCAGAGUAUUCCAUGAGACUGUCAGAGCUAAUAUGCUAAGUAUCAGUUAAAUCCAUAAAAAGAUUGUAAAUGUUAACGAAAUACUUAUUCAUGUACUUAUUCCAUUUUCCUCUUUCCCCUUUCUUCACAUCUCUUCUUUUGAGAACUUUUUUUACCAUGGUGGAUUGAGGUAUAAUUGCUAGAACUAUUUAAAUGGAAGAAAGGUCUGCAGCAUUGAGUUGUCUCUAAAUCACAGAAAUACUUUAAUUGUCUCCUGUGUAACUUGUUCAGCAAUGGGGUUUCGUUCUGUAACUCAAUGCUUUGCAGCAUUACUAGAACUCAAGGUGGUUUAAAAAGUAACUUAGCUUCUUUUAUCUUCCAAAUUUCUGUUGUCUUUAACAUGUUUUAAGUCACCGACUCUUAGUAUGUGUAUUUGCAAAGCUGCUAUGGCACAAAGUCCCAAUUAUAAUAUAUUAUGAACAUGUUUGCCUUUGAAUGUCUUCCCCUGCGGGGCAGGGAAAAUUAUUUUGCUAAAAAUGUUAGUAUGUAAUGUAUAUGUGGGAGCUCAGAUAAUAUGAGAUGUAUAGAGUUGUUUUUUAAGUGGUCUCACGACAUGUCUGGUCAUGUUUGCUAUCAAGGGAUAAAACUUGCCAAUUGAAUGGAAUCAGGGUGAGCUUUCUGUUCUUAUUUAGAGAUGGCAGCAGACCAAAUACAUUGAUGAUGGAUGCAAAAGACUGUUCUGUGUCAAUGUUAAAGGUUUGUAUUGGUUUGCCUUUGAACAAAAUGAAAGUACACCUGUUCUCUUGGAAUAAUUGAUUGAUAGUUUAAUAUAUUUUGUAAUUAAUGCACAGCUAUGUUUCUGACAGAACUUUAAAAAAUAAAGUAAAUAAACUGUG